CAGCUAAUAUCCCUCAUAAAACUACGCCUAUACGUACAGCUAAUACUCUCACUUCCGAAAUUGAAGAACUCUCUCUCUCUCUCUCUCUUUUGAGACUUUCUUUCUUUCCAUUUCACUUUCACGCCAACGAACAGUUUAUUCAAUUUUCUCUUAUAGUUACAAAUGUAGAGAGAAAAAAUAGAAAAAAAGAAACAAAGAAAUACACUGUAAGAGAGAAACUAGAACCAGUUUUUUUUGUUUGUUUGUUUGUUUGUUUUGUUUUUGGUUUGAAGGGGGAGCGAUUUUAUUAAGCUCACCGCGAGAUUCACUGAGAUUUCCGUGCCUCUCCUCGAAAUCCAUGUCGUCGACCUACAGCCCCUCGCGGAGCCCCGCCGGAAGCUCGAGGCUCCAGCUCGGCGGUCCCGGCGGAGUCUCGCGGCUGAGAUCCUCGUCGCUCAAGAAGCCGCCCGAGCCGCUGCGCCGCGCCGUGGCCGAUUGCCUCUCUUCUUCUUCGUCGUCUUCUCUGUCUUCGUCGUCCUCGCUGUCUUUGGCUUCGUCGUCGUCUUUCUCUUUCUCUUUCGCUUCCUCUGCCGCCACGUCGCACCAUGCGGGUCCCUCCGCUGUCGUCGUCUCUGAAGCUUCCAGAACUCUCAAGGACUAUCUGGCAAAUCCUGCAACAACUGACCUGGCUUACAGUGUGAUUCUAGACCAUACAAUUGCAGAGAGGGAGCGCAGCCCAGCUGUAGUCGCAAGGUGUGUGGCACUUUUGAAACGGUACCUUUUGAGAUACAAACCAAGUAUGGACACAUUACAGCAGAUAGAUCGAUUUUGUGUGAACAUAAUUGCUGAGUGUGAUACUAGUCCAAACCAAAAGGUGUCACCAUUGUCACGGCCAUUAGAUCAACAAGCAGGUGCAUCAGCAGCAUCUACAAAUAUCUCUCCUUUGCCUGUAUCUAGUUUUGCUUCUGGGGCACUUGUUAAGUCAUUAAAUUAUGUACGUUCCCUUGUGGCUCAACAUAUGCCAAGACGGUCUUUCCAACCAGCUGCCUUUGCUGGAGCUACAUCAAGACAAUCACUUCCAACAUUGUCAUCUUUGUUGAGUAGAUCCUUCAAUUCACAAUUAAGCCCUGCAAAUGCUGGAGAAACUUCAGAGAAGAAAGAUGCUUCUACUGUAUCUGUUUCAAACUUACCAAUCAUUGAAAAUGUUGAUGAAUUAGUAGAUCAUGAAUUUAUUGCACAUGAUGUUUUGGAAUGGCGCUGGCUUGGGGAAUAUCAGUCAUCAUCUUUGCCAUUUGAAAGUGAACGAGCCAUGAAUCCCCAAGACAUUAGAACACGUAAUUUUCUAGAAGUUGGUGCUGCAGCAUUACUUGUGGGAGACAUGGAAGCUAAAAUGAAGGGCCAGCCUUGGAAAUAUUUUGGAACUUCUGAUAUGCCUUUUCUUGAUCAACUAUUGCAGCCUUUACCAGUGACAACAAUUACCAAUUCUGCAUAUGCUAGGCCGCACUUGCGAGCAAUAACAGCAUCUAAACGCACUAAACAAGGCCCUCAUCAAAUUUGGGAGGAUUCUCCUGUGAGCACAUUCCGUCCAAGGGCUAAACCGCUCUUCCAAUAUCGUCACUACAGUGAACAACAACCUUUGCGAUUGAAUCCUGCUGAGGUACGCGACGUUAUUGCUGCAGUUUGCUCAGAGACAUCUUCAACAAAUCUAAUGACACUAUCUUCUAAAUUGAGUAAUAACAGUCGAAAGCCGUCCAUGGAUGUGGCUGUGAGCGUCCUUGUCAAACUUGUCAUUGACAUGUAUGUUUUAGAUUCUGGGACCGCUGCUCCUCUAACUCUAUCUAUGCUUGAGGAAAUGCUUAGUUCUACAAAGCCGGCUUGCAGGGCUCGUGCUUUUGAUUUAAUUCUGAAUCUUGGUGUCCAUGCUCAUUUAUUAGAGCCAAUUAUAACUGACGAUGCUUCCACAAUAGAAGAAGAAUAUUCUCCAGAGUCUUAUUUUGAUAAUGAAGCUCAACUGACAAUCCAUGGGAAAGGAAAGGAAGAUUCUGUUAAGAAGAUUGGCACUUUCUCAGCUAUUGAUAAUUUUGAGUCCUGGAUUUUAAACAUUUUAUAUGAGAUACUACUUCUUCUUGUUCAGACAGAAGAGGAUGAAGAAUCUGUCUGGGCAUCUGCUCUAAGCUGUUUUCUUUAUUUCGUUUGUGAUAGAGGAAAAAUCCGGAGAAAACGACUAAAUGGUCUUGACAUAAGGGUUGUUAAAGCAUUUGUGGAAACUAGCAGGAAGAAUUCGUGGGCAGAAGUAGUUCAUUGCAAGCUUAUUUCCAUGUUAACAAAUAUGUUUUAUCAAGUUCCUGAUGAACCCAAUGAGACCGAUUCAAGUACUCCAAAUUUUCUCAUAGACCAGGUUGAUCUGAUUGGCGGAAUUGAGUUUAUUUUUCUUGAGUAUUCUCUCGCAAACUCUAGGGAAGAAAGGAGAAAUCUGUAUUUGGUACUUUUUGACUAUGUUUUGAAUCAAAUAAAUGAAACGUGCAUAGCUACAGGAGUCAAUGAAUAUAGUGAUGAUGAGAUUCAACCUCUUGCUGCCCUGCUCACCCUUACAGAUGCACCUGAAGCAUUUUAUAUUUCUGUUAAACUUGGGGUGGAAGGCAUUGGGGAGAUUUUGAGAAGAUCAAUUUCUUCAAAACUGUCCAGAUAUCCCAACAGUGAACGACUAAAUAUGCUCUUGGAUAUUGUCACUGAGAAACUUGAUACAAUAGUAAGUUCAUUCACUCAUUUAGACAAUGAGUUCUCCCACAUGAUACAGAUAACCAAAUCAUAUAAGUUUUUGGAAAGCAUUGAAGAUGUGGUUCCAAGAAAUGGUGUCAGCAUGAAAGCUUCAUGGGCCACAUUACAUUCCCUUCUUCAUUCAGAAAGAGUUGCAUACCGCCGGAAUGGUUAUGUAUGGUUAGGUGAUCUGCUUAUUGCAGAAAUAAGUGAGAAAAGGGAUGCAAGUAUCUGGUCCAAUAUUAAAAACUUAAAGCAAAAAAUUUCCCUUGCUGGUGAUGCCAAUUCUUCAGCUACUUCAGAUGUUCCUUUGCCCAUUUGCCUUUUGUGCGGGCUUUUAAAGUCAAGGCACAACUACAUAAGAUGGGGCUUCUUAUUUGUUCUGGAGAGGCUUCUCAUGCGAUGCAAAUUUUUGUUAGAUGAGAACGAAAUGCAGCACUCAAGCAGCACUGAUCCUGGGCAUGUAGACAACAAUGGUCGUCUUGACAAAGCCAAUGCAGUGAUAGAUGUAAUGAGCAGUGCUUUGUUAUUGGUGAUAAAUGAAACAGACCGCAUCAAUAUUUUGAAGAUGUGUGAUAUACUAUUCUCUCAGUUGUGCCUGAGAGUCCCCCGUGCAGCUGCAAUGCCAUAUGUAGAUGAUGGGCACCAAAAUGAUAAAAGGAAAGAAACUGAUAGCAGAUUCAGCAAUCCACUAGACAAUGAGACAGCCUCACUGGCAGCACUUCUUCUUCGUGGAAAUGCCAUUGUGCCCAUGAAGUUAGUGGCUUCUGUUCCUGCUGCAUUAUUCUAUUGGCCACUGAUUCAGCUUGCUGGUGCGGCAACAGACAAUAUUGCAUUAGGUGUUGCCGUAGGUAGCAAAGGAAGAGGAAACCUCCCUGGUGCUACAUCAGAUAUUCGGGCUACCCUUCUGUUACUUCUAAUUGGUAAAUGCACAGAUCCUGUUGCAUUCGAAGCAGUUGGUGGGGAAGAAUUUUUCAGGGAACUUUUAGAUGAUACAGAUUCAAGGGUGGCAUAUUAUUCUUCAGCUUUUCUUUUGAAGCGAAUGAUGACAGAAAAGCCUGAAAAGUACCAACACAUGCUUCAGAAUCUUGUGGUUAGAGCUCAGCAGAGCAACAAUGAAAAGCUGUUGGAAAAUCCAUAUCUUCAGAUGCGAGGCAUACUUCAACUGGCAAAUGAUCUUGGAACUGGGUUGUAAUCUGAUGGUGUAGUUAAGUGGAAGUUUUAUUUCUUGGCUUGGAGACAUGGCUGGGUGACUUGAUGUUGCCACCAAUAAUUCUUAUGAUCUUACAGCGCUUGGAAUUAUUUGUGUGACUGGGAUAUACUUGAUUGCGUAAGCAUGCAAAAGAAAUUUGGAAUCUGAACCACUAAAGUGCUAUCUGGCAAAGUACUGAAUUCAAGAUUGGAGUAUAGGGUGUGAGGUGACUCAGGUGAGCCCUGGUGAUCCUUGGAAUUUAUUUCCAGAAUCUAUUUCAUGCUCCAAGAAUCAGCCAUAAAUGGCUACAGAUUUUUGCGCAGAGAUAUUAGAAAAUGGUGAGCCACAUUGAGUUUUGCUUCCCGUAUCUCCAUCUCCAAUACAUGUAUGGCUGUUAAGAGAUCGCCCUUUGGUAAAAUAUAUUAGGUUUGAUGCUGAAGUUUAGGACUGGAGUUGCUUCAUUGAAUGUUUGCCAAAGCAGUUGUCCAGGAAAUUUUUUGAAUUACUUGAUUCAUUGGCAUAUCUGCCUAUCAUUCUGCCAAUAGAUGUUACAUCAAGAGCUCGGGUGUAUCUUCAGUUGGUGUUCGUCACAUUUGCGGGAGACUUUCUGGAAAAUUUUGGAAGAGUAUUUGUACAGAAUCAGAUUUCGUUUGAGCCUUCUUUUAUUUAUUUUUGGUCAUUCUUGAAGGCGACCUUUCAAACCAUCUUUUUUGUUUGGUAUCCUGGGGUAAUGAUCUCAAGUUUGUGAAGUUUUAGAGUUUCAUCAACUUGACAACAAUGAGAAGACUCCAAAGUCCAAAUGUUGUAUUUUUUUAGUGGAUAGGGCAUAAUGAUGCAAGAGGGUAGAGUUGUUCACAUGGCUAUCCGUGUUCAUUAGAAGGGGCAUUACGGGGUGUCUGUUUUUAGGGGCAUCUCCUAAGUGUACCUAUUUUUGUUUUUGGCUGUUUUUUUCUUUUCUUUUUUAUUUUUCGACUUUGUAAAUAUGCAUCAUAUUUCUUUUCCUGUCUCUAUCUCCCUUGCGAUUGUUGUAAAAUGGCUGUUGAGAAAUUUGCUUCAUGUAUGUUUUAGAGUUUAAAUGGCUCUUAAAAAUUUUGCUACAUGUAUAUCUUUAGUGUUUGAUUUUAAAUUGAAGUAUAAAGUUUCUAAGCUCUA